ACCCGAAGUUUUUCCGAUCUUGGCCGAACAUCAGCCGAGUUACGGAGUUCUCCCGAAUAGCUUAGUACACGCGCUAACGGAACCUCGACCUAUCUCCAAAAUUACCACACUACAAUCACCUGUUAUGACACCAAACUUCUGCAGUAGUAUAAAUGUGGUCUGUAGGCCUACUCACAAAACGAUGCAUUUCGAAGUUUGUACAUAGUCCAGGAGUGUAUUAGUAUCAACACAAGCCGAAUAGCUUCUAAUCUGCUAAAGCUGCGUCGACGUCACUUCCUUGAUCUGGGAAUAGCCCGUAAAAGUCCUCAUCGAAACUCAUAAUAUGCACAAGGAAAAGUGAAUUCAGCGUCAGUAUUGAUAACUAAAAUCCUUGUCUAAUUGAUAGUAGGUAACAUUUGAAGUAUCUUUUUAGUGUUGCCUUUUAAAUAUAAGCCAUUAUCACAAUUCAGUGAUUUUGUUUUUUUAUACUCUGUUGACGGAAACAACUGUGUACACGUGACGGAGGAUAGUCAAACACGGUUACUUCGGGCUACUGCAGCGAAAGAAGAAGACUGUUAUUUGCUGCUACAGCGCGAAGUGAAAAGAUAGGACAAGAUGCCAUUCUCUUGUAUCUAUCCUGGCUGCGGACUAAAACGCAAAUUAUUCCAUCAAGAGAGCUUUCAUGAGCUGCCGUAUAGACACCAGGACCAGGAACUUCUACAGCAGUGGAUGGUUGUUUUGAAUAUGGACAUCACGACGCCGGUCGAGACGCUGAAGAAGAAGCGCUAUCGUGUGUGUAGUCGACAUUUCGAUAAGGACGAUUUCAUUCAUCCUAGAACUGGCAAGCGGUCAAAAGGGGUGCACCGAGUUAGAGUACUGCUGAGAAGAAAUGCCAUUCCACGAGUGGGGCCACCGGCAACAGACACAGUGGAGCGCCCUCAGUCAACCCCCAUAAAGAGCCAGGACACGGCAUCCAAGAGUCGGCUUGCAGGACUAACAUUCUCCCUGAUGAGUCCAGAAUCAUCUGAUGUUAGACCACGUACUCAGCGUUCUUUGUCAGGCAUUUACAUGGCCCGCACCCCAACAUUUAAACUUUCUGAGCCUGAGGACAUGGGUGCAACAUCAGCAUCUUGCACUCCCCUAUAUGGUGCUCCUGUAGAAAUUCCAGAACUGCGUGACAGCUCGGCAGUAAUGGACAAACCACCGGACCAGGUCAGAAGCUCAGGCAUUCAAGGAAAGGUAUCCGAGACAUGCACUGCAACCAUGGAGAAACCGGCUCUGCAGCACAUUGUUGAUGAGGAGGCCAUCCUGCAGCUGAUGAAGGAUUGUCCGAUGUGCGGCAGAAAGUGUCGCUGUACUAAACAGACAAAAGGUCCUUUCUUGAUCGUCUACCAAAGCUGUUACUUCUGCAACUAUCAACGCAAGUGGGCCAACCAGCCUGAAGUUAGAAAUAUGAACUUUAAGAAGAAAAACAAAGCGAGAAAGAGAUGUCAGCCAAAGGAAAAGGUUCCCGGAAAUGCUACGGCUGAAUCACCAGAGCUUAAUAAGACAAACAUUUCUGAAUCCUCAGUGUCAGAGUCUCAUGACCUCGUACAGAACUGAAGAGCUGGAAGGCCACUCUGUCUAAGAUGUAACUGACUCACAUGAAUCUGAAAUUGGGCAUGAAUCCAGCCUCAGAUUUGCCUUUAAAGUUGGAUCAUUAUUAUACUGUAGGAGAUGCUUGUUGGUGAAAAAGAAUUUCUGUAAAGUUUACUGUCGAGUUGAGGCUUUAGUUACAAUGUUUAAUAUGCCAAUAACAAACACACACGCUUUCGAAGCUGUGGUGGAGAGGAGGACUCUGAGCAAACUGUUGGAUAACCCCACCCACCCUCUCCACCUGCAGCUGGAAGGACAGCGGAGCUCCUUCUCCAACAGACUGCUCCAGCUCACAAGGACAGGUACAGGAGAACAUUCCUGCCCACUGCAAUAACACUGUACAAUAAUUCCCCUCUCUGUUAACUGGACAUAACAUGCACACUUUACAUUGUACAUUUAUAUUAUAUUUUCAUUUAAUAUUCCUUUUUUUUUUUUUGCUAUCUGUAUGUUUUUUAUUUCAAAUGUUUUGCUAUGCUUCAUAUUGUUUUGUAUUUUGCUGCAGUAAUGAAAACAUUUCCCAAUUUGGGAUAAAGUAUUUCUGAUUGGAGUGAAGCAGUAAGAGCGAAAAUCAUUGUUUAUUCUCUAGUAGUUACAAUACUAGCAGUGUGGAAAAAUGCAUUUCGAAUACUAAUCAAAAUAAAGAUCUAGAACAGUGGUACUCAACCAUGUCCUAAUCAGGAGCCACAUUGACGAAUAAAUAUUUUUGCAAGAGCCACAAUCCAAAAA